AUGUGGCUACUGAUCACUAUGCUGGCUGUACAAGGAACUGCGAAUCUGGAAGAAGCCCAACCCAAAAUGAAUCCUGAACAAUUUAUGAAUGUGAGUGAGAAAAUCCAGUACUGGAACUAUCCUUGUGAAGAAUAUGAAGUACUCACACAUGAUGGGUAUUAUCUGAGUCUCAGCAGAAUUCCAGGAGGCUCAAAGGCAGCUAUACUGCUGAUGCAUAACAUAUAUAUGGAGGGCAGCGUUUGGGUAGCAAACCUCCCCGAUAAUAGCCUGGGCUUCAUGCUAGCAGAUGCUGGAUAUGAUGUGUGGAUUGGAAACAGCAGAGGCAAUUCCUGGUCUAGAAGACACCAGUGCCUUACAAUUGACCAACAGGAAUUUUGGGAUUUCAGUUUUCAUGAAAUGGGUAUUUAUGAUCUUUCAGCCAUGAUAGACUUUAUUCUGCGAAAAAGUGGACAGGAAAAAAUCUAUUAUGCUGGUCAUGCUCAAGGAAGCACCAUAGGUUUUGUGGCAUUUUCUGUGUUGCCUCAACUUGCCGAAAAAAUUAAGAUGUUUUUUGCCUUGGGACCUGCAUAUACAUGCAGAUACAGCAAAAGUCCACUUUCACAACCGCUGUGGUUGCCAGCAGCAUUUCUGAAGAUGAUAUUUGGCACGAAAGAACUAUGUCUGUUGAGUCCAAGACUGAAAGCAAGCAUGGCCCAAACAUGCAGUUCCCAGCUAGUGGAUGUGUUUUGCAAGCAGGCUCUUUUUCUUCUUGGUGGAUUUAAUGAAAGAAAUCUAAACAAGAGUCGCUCUGAUGUGUAUGUAUCAAUAUUUCCAGAUUAUACAUCUGUGAAAAAUGGUAUCCACUGGAGUCAGUCAGUUAAAACAGGGGAAUUCAGAUUCUUUGACUAUGGCUCAAGAAACAUAGAAAAAUACAACCAGACCAGUCCUCCUUUGUACAGGAUAGAAGAGAUCAUGGUGCCGAUAGCAAUGUGGAGUGGAGGACAGGACUGGGUUUGCCAGCCAGAGGAAACCAUGGAAAUAUUGUCUCAAAUCUCUAAUCUCAUUCAUUACAAACAUUUUCCUGACUGGAACCACUGGGACUUCAUUUGGGGACUAGAUGCUGCUCAGCGCAUGUAUGUGGAAAUCCUUGGAUUGAUGGAGAAACACUUGUGAAUUCAUUUGUACUGGGAUUAA